AUCGCGUCGUCAAAUAGUCUGGAAAUAUUUCAAGAUUAUUGUUGAGAAUGAAGAAAGUUACGAAGGAUCUAGCACCUAUUGCCAUUCCUCAUGGGCCACCAGUUGAUUCUGCUGAGGAGUAUUACAAAUCUCUUAUGGAAAGUGCCAGUAUGGUGAAAAAAUAUCCAGUAUGGGACGUGGCACGGCCAACACCACAAGUACUGAUGGAGCAGGCUCGUCGAGAUCUAAUGGAGGCUGACGAGAAACUAGCCAUCAAACGAGAGGAGGAAAAGAAGAACAGAGCAGCGAUGGACGCCAAGUGGCAGGACCUGCGCACAAAGGAAAUGCUCCUCAAGGAGUCCUUCAUUAGUUUCAAUAAGUUCAUCAGGGAGAACCAGGAGAAGCGUGACCGAGCUGAACGCAAGAUGGUGGCAGACACGGAGGUAUUGGAACGGAAGACGCACGAGACGGAGGCCAUGCGACAGAGGGUCGCAGAAAUGGAGGAAGUGAGGCAAUUAAUGGAGAAGCAAGUCAAGGAUUACACUAUAUACGAGGACUACUUGAUGGCGGUUGUGCACAACUAUGCCGAAUUCAAGCAGCCCCUCGAUGUUUUGAACAGAUAUGAGGCGUUAGCUGCUGCUAAGAACACGCUGGCAGAAAGACAAGAGCGAGAUCUGGAAAUGCUGGAGAAUGCACGACAAGAGAUUGCUUCUCUUACUGAAGAGAAAAAACUGUUCAUCAUGGGUUUAAACAACACCCUGGCAAAUCUGAGAUGGCGUUAUGACAAAGUCAGGAACCGCGUCAUAAAAUGGGAGUUGGCCCUCAACCGUCUGAAGGAGACCGCCGCCAGGAAGCACGUGGAACUAUGUCAUGUCCGCUCAGCCAUCUGGAGCCUCUACACCAAGAUCUGUAAGCAGAAGGGCCUCCCCAUUGACGUGAAGAGUUCCGAUUUCGAGCAACAGCUGGUCGUCAUUAUGAGGGCGUUGUUGGAGCUGAGAAGGAUUUACAGAAUAGCACAGAGGAGAUCUAGAGAGAAGGAUGCAGAAUCAAUGCACACUGUGUAGUGGUGUGACCAACGUAACCUUUACAUACCUUUAC